CGGCCCCUCGAAAAUCUUCACACAAGUUUGUUUGGAAAGCUGCAUAACUAGCUAGUCUGAACUCGUCUGUUUCUUGUACCAUUUUACAUUUUUUGUGGCUAAUUUUUGAUCCAAAUCAUUCAAAAUGCGCGAAUGUAUCUCAGUACACGUUGGCCAAGCCGGAGUCCAAAUUGGUAACGCCUGUUGGGAACUCUACUGUUUAGAACAUGGCAUCCAACCUGACGGUCAAAUGCCAUCUGACAAAACUGUCGGAGGUGGAGACGACAGUUUCAACACCUUCUUCAGUGAGACCGGCGCAGGCAAACACGUUCCCAGAGCUGUAUUUGUCGACUUGGAACCAACUGUAGUUGAUGAAGUUAGGACCGGAACCUACAGACAAUUGUUCCACCCCGAACAAUUGAUCACUGGCAAAGAGGAUGCUGCCAACAAUUACGCUAGAGGCCACUACACCAUUGGUAAAGAAAUCGUAGAUUUGGUUUUGGACAGGAUUAGGAAAUUGGCAGACCAAUGUACCGGUCUCCAAGGUUUCUUGAUCUUCCACUCGUUCGGAGGAGGUACUGGAUCUGGCUUCACAUCUCUGUUGAUGGAACGUUUAUCUGUGGACUAUGGAAAGAAGUCCAAGCUUGAAUUCGCCAUUUACCCAGCCCCUCAAGUAUCCACCGCUGUAGUUGAACCAUACAACUCCAUCUUGACCACCCACACCACCUUGGAACACUCCGACUGUGCUUUUAUGGUUGAUAACGAAGCCAUCUACGAUAUCUGUAGACGUAACUUGGACAUUGAACGUCCUACCUACACCAACUUGAACAGACUCAUUGGCCAAAUUGUAUCUUCCAUCACAGCCUCUUUGAGAUUCGAUGGUGCCCUCAAUGUUGACUUGACAGAAUUCCAAACUAACUUGGUACCAUACCCACGUAUCCAUUUCCCAUUGGUCACCUACGCUCCAGUAAUCUCUGCUGAAAAGGCUUACCAUGAACAACUCUCUGUCGCUGAAAUCACUAACGCCUGUUUCGAACCAGCCAACCAAAUGGUUAAAUGCGAUCCUCGUCAUGGUAAAUACAUGGCCUGUUGUAUGUUGUACAGAGGAGAUGUUGUUCCCAAGGAUGUCAACGCCGCCAUUGCUACCAUCAAGACCAAGCGUACCAUUCAGUUUGUAGACUGGUGUCCUACCGGUUUCAAAGUUGGUAUCAACUACCAACCCCCAACUGUGGUACCUGGAGGUGAUUUGGCCAAAGUACAACGUGCCGUCUGCAUGUUGUCCAACACCACCGCUAUUGCUGAAGCCUGGGCUAGGUUGGACCAUAAAUUCGAUCUUAUGUACGCCAAACGUGCCUUUGUACAUUGGUACGUAGGUGAAGGUAUGGAAGAAGGUGAAUUUUCUGAAGCCCGUGAAGACUUGGCCGCUUUGGAGAAGGAUUACGAAGAAGUAGGCAUGGACUCUGGAGAAGGUGAAGGCGAAGGUGCUGAAGAAUAUUAAACAAAAACAAUUCCCUUUCGAAAAAGAAAAAAAAAAUUAAAAUGCAAGUAAACAUUUAUUUCCUUUGACUGAUUUUUGUUUACGAAAUAUAAUUUUCUUUUUUUACUUGAUAUUAUGUUGUUUUAUUUUACUAAUUAUUUCU